AUGCCAAAUAACAAAUAUAGACCUGGAAAUUACUUCUUCUUACUACCAUGGAUAGCAUUCAUCCCCUGGUAUGGGAUGUUAAUAACAAUGCUUAUAUGUUGGGCAGCACAAGGCCACCCCAUAUAUUGGUUUAUGCAUUCAGAACAAUUCCCCGUGUACAUUUCAGACAUUGGUGCCACCAAUUUACGUCCCUUAUUUAUCUCUUGUGCUGGUUGGCAAGGUUUAGGGUACGUCAUUACAGUAAUGUGUGAAUUUGUACAAAGAUACGGCUUCAAGAAUUGGUAUGGGAUGCAACCUUGGUUCACUAAGGAUGAAAGGAAUUUAAUUUGGGCUGCAUUGAUCUUGGGAGCUAUUGGUGAAUUAGGGUUAUUGUUUUUGUCCAUUUUCUCUACUGCUAGAUAUCAUGACGCUCAUACCGCUAUGGUUGUCGUGUUUUGUAUUUUUAUGUUGUUGUCGAUAAUUUGUUUGACGACACAAUAUUUUAUUAUGGGGAGACAUUAUGCACUUUUACAUCCAAAGAAUUAUCAAAAUAGGGAUUACAAUACCAAGACAAUCCAUGAAUUGAAAUGGUGGCAAUGGGAUGGAGUCGUUUGGAAUAAAUUCGUUAUUAGUGGUUACGCAAAGACAGUUUGGAUGGUGUUGGCCAUUGUUUUCGCUAUUUGUUUCGGUGCUAUAGAUAAUGAUUCAACAAGUGCAUCUUUUGAAUGGCUUUUGGCGUUUUGGUUCGGUGUCAUCUUUAUGAUAAUAUCAGUUGAUUUUUAUCUUGGUAGUAGAUGGCAAUUUUCUAAAUAUUUCAAUAAGAUUGAAGAUUUUAAUGGAUAUUAUAAGUAUGGGAAAUUCCAACAAGUUAGGAAAGAUAAACAUGGUAAUGGCAUGUACGACAAUGAUUUAGAGAAGCAAACAAAUGAGCAUAGCCAAGCAAUUAUACAGGAUACAUCCUCUGGGACAAUUUCCUCUUCUUCUGCUGCUAUAGCUGAGAGAGGAAAUUCAGAAUUUGUGACUGCGUCAGAGAGCGAUAACGCAACCAAUGAAAGACCUGUUGUCGUAUAA